AUGAAUGUGCCAUCUCCCCAAUCUCCUCCAAAACUGAAUUCAUCCACUUCAUCUGAAUGCCCCCCUUCUCACUCAGAUAGCCCAAGACAUCUUUUGAAUUUAACAUCUAGCACUCAAUGCACAGUAGAAAAUAGUGAUUAUCACAGUAGCGCUAACAAUGACCUAAAUGCUGGUGAUAUGUCAACCUUCCCCAGUGCAUCCUCACAGUCCAACUCAUUUCUAUCUGCCCUCUCCGACAAUGGUUGUGGGGAUUGUGUACUGAAAGACACUGAGCUGAAUAGGUGUAAAGAAUAUCAAAGCCAGCAGGAAAGGGAUAUUACAUACUGGAAGUCUGAAGCGAUUAAAUUGAGGGCGGAAUUAGACACAUUAAGGGAGAACAAUUCUGAGAAAGCAAAUCAAUCCACCGGUCAGGAUGACCACUACCUUCCCAAGAGGGGGAUCUGCGUGGAAAGAUGUUGUUACGUUCUAGCUGAGAACCCAGAAAACUUUGAAGUACCACGAGGUUAUGUGAAAUUUGUGGAGGGCCAUGAUAUUUACAUCGAGGCAAAAUGGAUGGCCAACAUUAAGAGUCUGUUUAGGGGGAAGACCAAACCCCACUGCUUGAAAUUGAUCAUGAAUGGGUUCUAUGAGCCUAAGGAGUUGCAGAAGAAAACUGCAAUGAUAUUGCUACAGACACCUCUUGGCCAGGCUUUGAAAGCUUUUGCCAUCACAACUCUAGGAAUGGACAACACAGACAUUGUGAAAGCCAUUAACACCAAGAUCGGUACCAUGUGCCGUGCAGUGAAAGAAAACAGACUUUCCAAAUAG